ACGCCGACCUUCGACGGUGAAAUUUGUAGCGUCGGGAGCACGCAAAACUAGUAGGAACUGAGGAAGAUCUCGUCUAUGGCGACCGAACAAUCGAUGUUGGCAGUAAUUCGGGCGGCUCGGCCGUCGUUCCGGAAUCGAUACGACAAGGCUGCGUUCGCACUUCACGCGGCGUUUCUAUCGGCUGGUUUUGUGCUGAAUGCGACUGGGGCUGCUGCGUCGGGCGAUGAUGCUCUGGCGUCUUCGUCUUCCGAUGAAGUGGGGUUGGACAACUGGAAUGAGGUUGAAGAUUGCUAUGCAUUUGUAUAUUCUAGCCCUCAGAAACGCUCCAAAAAGGUUUUGGUUAAGUGUCUUGUAAUGAAUGACAAAUUGUUUGUUGAUGCUUUAGAGGAAGGUGACAAAUCGCAGCCUAUGCAUCUUGAAAUCAAUGUUGCAGAGUAUGUAGGAGAUAAUGGAGGUGGAAAUUACAGUUCACAAUUCAAGAACCUGGGAAAGCUGGCAGGUGAUAUCAAUAAGGAACUUUUGGGUAAACUGGAUGGUAUUUCAUCUGCUGGUUCUUCUUCUCAGCCAUCAAGUUCAGAGGCUAAUUUGAGAGAUGAUAGAGGCAAUAGACCUGUUGCUGAUGUUAAUACAGAAGAUCCUUACGUUUCUCCUUUGCUUUCUCGUAUGGUUCCUCCAGUUUAUGAUCCAAGACAUAGUGAUCUCCUUCCUGGGCCUGGUGCUGGAAUGUAUCCUACUAGGGGUGAUCUUGGUGGUGGAAGCAGUUUAAUAGGUCCCCAUGAUCCAAUGUUCGGGAUAGGUGGUGGCAGGCAGCCUGUAUUCCCUGGAGGUCAACCGGGUGUGCCACCUGGUGCCCGCUUUGAUCCAUUUGGACCGCCUGGUGUUCCAGGUUUUGAGCCUGGUCGGUUUGCCAGAAAUCCACAAAGGCCCGGUGGAGGAACACACCCGGACCUGCAUCACUUCCAUGACGGCGCAGAUUUCAUAUGAAGGACCUGUUCUUGUUAUGUUUAUCCACGAGUCUGAGUCAGAGAAUGCCCUACUUUUUGUGGUAAGUUGGAUGUGGAUAAAAUGUAUUUUGUUUUCUCACCUGACCUACUACUUACUUACUCUAUUAGCAAUACUUUCCUCAUCCUUGAGCUCAAUCUUAAAAUCACCUUUGUGCGAAUCCUGUUCCUGUGGAUCAAUAAUAUAUAUAAAUGUUACUAGGCUCCCUUACCUUUA